AGAAAUUUAAACAAGCUGCUGCUGAAGCUCUCAAAAACAAAGAAGAUUCAGAGAUUAAAUGUCAACACAAGAUAUCAGACAUGGUUGCAUUAAUGGACAAGCACAAGAAUCAAUACGACAAAAUGGUUAAGGAGAAAGACUCUGAGCUUGAUGAGAGGAUGAAGAAGGCCAUUGAGAUUAGUGCCAGUAAAACAUCAUUAGAACUGGAGCUGUCUCAGUUGCAAAUUCAGAAUGGACACAUAACACAACAGCUUGAAAAUGAAAAAAAAGAAACGGCACAUCUUACUCAAGAAGUGAAGGAACUCAAAACAUCCCUGAAAUCGCAGAAAAAUGACCAUAAGCAAAUAGAGGAAAACCUGGAGAAAGACAUUAAAGAUUUGAAAAAACAAAUGAAAUCGUUAAAAAAAGACAAACCUCAAGUGAUACCUGAAAUAAGUGCACCAGAGUUGACCAGAAAAGUCCAAAGAGGUUUGGCCACCCCAAAAGUGUCCACUUCUAAGAGGUCAGCAUUUGCAACAACAGAAAUGGAAGAUGACCCUUUCUUUGCAACGCCAUCCAGACGUGCAACCAGGAAUGUUUUUGAAACACCUCAAACAAAUGUAAAAGAUGUCCACCAGACCCCAUCCAGGACCUUAGGGAGUAAAAUUGGAGCCACACCUCGAAUUAAAUCUUUCAGAAUCCGAACCCCACCCUCAAGUGAAAAGUCUGUGCCGUGGCAAAAAAACACUUUAGAGCUAGACCCAAAAUCAGAUAGCUCAGAAGCAACUGACUUGCUGGGGUUUGAAAAUGCCACACCAAGCCAUUUUUCGGCACCACUGAAGAAGACUUUGGCUCUCGACCUAAAGACUCCAAGUCCAGCUAUCCAGAAAUCUCCAGGAGCAGCAUUGAAGCUGGCUGCUAUGAAGAGAAUGAGAGAUGCUGGGUGGACAGCAGUUGCCAAUUCAGACAGAAAGAAAAAGAGAGACACUGAGAAAAUCUUUGCCUAGGACAUUUUCAAAGAACCUUGAAGUGGCAUACCUCCAACCCUGAAUGAUAAAUCCACUGACAAGGUUUUAAACAUUUAUUUACUGGACUAUUUACAGUUAUUGCAAUUUAUUAUUACAGUUAUUGACUUGAUUCAGUUCAGAACAAUAUAUUUACAGUUUAUGCAUGAAA